AUGUCUACUACUACUACUACGCUUGAUAUGAUUAAAGUUUGGACAAAGAUCAUCGAUAAUGAACCAGAAAAGGUUCACAUUCAAGCCGAUGCAGAUAUUGAUGAUUUAAAGAAUGAAUUGUUUGAUGGAAAUAAGGAAAAGAAACGACAUUAUUACGGUAUAUUCAAUAAUGAGCGACUUCCAUCUUCUACACGUGUACCACAGAACACCACCUGUGAACAACCAAUUUUAUUCUUAAAAAUUGAUGAAAAUAAUCUGGAUGUUACUCCAGUGAUUACAACUGGUUUGAAUACAGAGACGCCUAAUGAAUAUGUUCUAAAUAAAACAUUCAACAUACCUCCAAUAGAAAAUGAAGAUGAAAAUGAAAUGGAAGUCAAAACUGCUACACCUGUAUUGACCGCUUUUACUGAAACUACUAAAAUUGAUCAUAUUCCAACGCAUUUAGUCGAUACGAUACAUUAUAAGAAUGGCGAUAAAUAUGUUGGAGAAAUUAAUACACAAAGGGAACCACAUGGAAAAGGAAUUAUGUCUUGGAAAAAUGGUCGACGAUAUGAAGGACAAUGGAUGAAUGGAAAGAAGGAUGGACAGGGAGUAGAAUAUGGUGCGAAUGGUGCCGUGAAUACGAUUGGAGAAUGGAAGGAUGAUGUGGCUGUAUCUUCGCAAAAUGACGAUGAUUGA